CCAUUUUAAGCCACUCCCCCUCCAAGUCUUCCUGGACAGUCACAGCAAACAUGGCGACGAUGGAACCAAGCAGGAAGAGCAUUUUCGCCGUCUCUUUCCUUAUUUACCUACACCUCUUGCUCGGUGGCUGCCUGGCGGCUCCGACGAAAAUCACUACGGAAGAUGUAACAACAAGUAAACCGGAAAGUCCUCCCGCCAAAAGCGGAAAGAAUGAAACCACUCAAGCAAAACUUUUGUCAACCCCAGCCGGCCCCAAAAUUUUGGCAACAACCACCGGCAACGACUCAGCACCAGUGAUCCAGCUCCCUAAAAUCAACCAGACCGUGUCCAGCCAAGCCACGGAUCUGGUCGUCAUCGCCUCCUCUGACAGCAAACUGGGGCAAACGCCUGAUGAACCCGAGCCUGCAAAAUCACAGGAAACCAAUGCUAAGACUCUGACCAAUGGGACCACGACUGACAGACCCGCCGCUCCUAAAGCCGCUUCCAAAGCCGCUUCCAAAGCCGCUCCCGAGCCUGCAAAAUCACAGGAAACCAAUGCUAAGACUCUGACCAAUGGGACCACGACUGACAGACCCGCCGCUCCUAAAGCCGCUUCCAAAGCCGCUUCCAACCCAGAAGCCACCACCGCCACCUCUGUCACAACCCCUGAACCUACCAAGUACACCGAGGAGACCACCGCCAUGGUCUCCAAAUACUUUGACACUCAGAGCACCACGGUCCUGCACGAUUUUGAGCUGGAGAUGCUGCAGCCCGCCGGAAAAGAAGGCGUAGAGCAAUACGUGGAAGAGGACGAGGACGACGACGACGAUUAUGGCGACGGCGAAGACCUGAACGCCCAAUUUCACCUGGAGGACAACGAGGACAACGGCAAAGACCAGACGCUGAUCCGGGUGGAGGAGCCGUUCGGGAAGCAAGACGUCAGCUACAAGGGUCCCGCCGUCUACAACACAGAGGAUGAGGACUCGCACUUCUUCUUCCAUCUGGUCAUCCUGGCCUUCCUGGUGGCCAUCAUCUACAUCACCUACCACAACAAGAGGAAGAUCUUGAUGCUCGCUCAAAGCCGCCGCUGGAAGGAGGGUCUCUGUUCCCGCAACACGGUGGACUACCACCGCCUGGACCAGAAUGUCAACGAGGCCAUGCCGUCCCUCAAGAUGACCCGCGACUACAUUUUUUGAACGAUAAGUCCCCACUCGAACUGCCGUUAUCGGGCGGCCAUGUUUGUUCCCCCACCGCCUGCGUAGCGAUAUUUUUAUUCUCUCUCUUCAUGUUUCUUCGAGCCUGAAGUUAACGUGGAUAUUUACUUGGGUUUUUAUUUGAAAGAGAAGGGCGUCUUGGUCGUGUACUUCUGUAAACAAUCACGCAGUGCAGCACAUAAAAACAAACAUGAGCAGAUCAAACAUUAUUUUACUCCUCGCCCCCCUAGUGGCCAGAUGCUGCCAUGCAAGUGUCCUGGUUGCCUCUUCUUUGGUUUAUGACUUCGGUGAAGUCCCUGGCAACCAUCUAUGCCCCGCCCACACACACACACACACACAUUAAACGCUCACACCUGUGUGUGUGGGAGCCUUGCUUUGAAAAUAUCCAUACAUAUUUUCAUGCCUUACACGUGAUUAAGUCUAGUGUGUGUUGGAAUAUAUCUGCUGUAAUAAGAUAAAAUAUAGUACAUUUACACAUUUGCCAUGGCAAUCACAUGUAGGAUCUCUACACUCACUUCCUGUUUUUUUUCUUGCCAAUAAAGCACAAAUAAACGAA